AUGACAGAUACCUCCUCCCUCGCCAUCACGCACGCCACAACGGAUUCCUAUCCGGUUCCCGCUUCUCGCGGGUCCCCCGCUGCCACCGAUGGCGCCGUCUCUGACUCCGGUGCACCCGACGAAGAACCGUACACUAUCAAGUGCAUUUGCUCGUUCCAAGAGGAUGAUGGGAGUACGGUCUUUUGCGAACGGUGUGAUACCUGGCAGCACAUCUCAUGCUACUAUCCCGGGGCGAAAGUUCCCGAGGUACACAAUUGUGUUGACUGCGAGCCACGGAUCCUGGAUGAUCGGCGUGCACAUGAGCGACAACGGCAGCGGCGGGUCCGAGAAAAGAGCGAGGACGGGGACCGGAAAUCCAAGCGUCCGGGCAAGACACAGAAGCGGAAGACGAAAGAGACAGAUGUGAACGAAUCAAACCUAAAACGACACGACUCUAAUGCUCGCGAUCAGCCACCUACCAAAAAGCCCAAGGGCUCUCACCGGGCAUCCGCCUCGGUCAGUGGCCCUCCAGGCGCUCCGGCUGAGCCGCGAAACCGUCGAUCCUCCACCUCUGCUGCGAUGAGCCCCACGAACUCCGACCCCUCCAUCCCCCUCUACUCCACCGAAUUCCUCCACCUCUAUGAUCACGACGAAGAUUUUGUUGAAAAUGAAAGCAACCUCCUCCCCACUGUCUCCUUUAUUGAUCAAAUUAUCGCAUGGGUACGGGAGGAGGGCACUUUGAAUCGGAUAACCGAAGGCCUGCCCCCGGCAGACUUCGCGCGAAACUGCGUUGCGGCAUUCGAUGCUCCAUGGCCGAAACUAACGACACACACUUUUACGGACUCAACGACAAAGAUUGAUGGGACGCAUCCAACGUUCAAGACAUUGAAAACUCAGGACCCGAUACGCAAGAAUGAAAUUGUUGGUGAGAUUUUUGGCGCGCUCAAUGUAAUCGAAAAUUACAAGGCAGACCCCAACAACCGAUGGGAGACGCUGCAACACCCUGCACCAUUCGUCUUUUUCAGCUCGCAGCUUCCGAUUUGCAUCGACAGUCGCAAGGAAGGAAACCAACUCAGGUACAUCCGGCGCUCGUGUGAUGCCAAUGUGAUGCUGAAGAUCUAUAUCACCCACGGUCAACAGUAUCACUUCUGUUUCAUUGCCAAGCAAGACAUUCCGGCUGACUCAGAAAUCACGACGAUGUGGUAUCUCGACCCGACUCUGGCCCUGGCACACACGCCCCCGUCCAAACAAGGGUCGGAGGCCUCAUAUAAUAAAUCCGAAAUUGAUUUCGCUGCCACCUGCAUCAGCAACACUCUUUCCAACUACGGUGGAUGUGCAUGUGAACGGGGUCAGAAUUGUCUCCUUGCCAACCUUGACCGUCGGUCCAAGCCAGCCAGCAGCAAACAGCCGAAAGCGCGGAACAAGGCCAAGACCAAGGUUAAGACGAUAGCUUCUCCAAUGGAGGCUGGCCGCGCAUCCGCAAGUCGCGCCGGGAGUGAAACAACAAAGCAUCCUGACGAAGACGAUGCCGUGACCGAUGCUCGUUCGACGUCCGGGUCUGCGCGGGACAGAGCUACGCACAGUCGCGAUGUCAGCCCGACGUCUCACAAUCAGCAAUCAUUACCAGAACUGUCCAGUCGAGAAAGACGCAAGAUUGCGGAUGCUGAAAAACAGUUCCAGCAGCUAGAAAAGGGAUCGGCAGGCACCAAACGCAAGAAACGUGUCAGUGGCUUGCAAUCAAAUUCGGCGAGUGCGUACCCCAAAAACAAGGCUGAGUCCGACAAAUUCGGGUUCGAUGGUGAAUCGCACUCGCCUACUGCCUAUUCCCCAGCGACAACGGCACCUGGGCGGCAUGCGAAAUCGCGAAAAUCCUCGAAUCGACCUCCACCCGAGACGAUUAACCGUUACCUACCAUCUCCUUUCCGGCGCGUCGGUCCUUAUGCCGAUGCAUCAACGCAGCUGUACCCCGAUCAGGUCGAACAUGAGGCCAUCUGGGACGAACAUACGAAGCGAGGUUACAGAGUUGGUGUUUUACCUCUCCAAUUCAUGAAUCGGGCUCGGUUUAUCUCCGGGUGCAAUUACGAGCAGGACUUUGCUCAACAACGUGCAUGGCUCUCUGGGGAUAAAAGUGUCAUUCCGUCUGGGGUGAUCCCGUGGUGGUGUCCUUACUUCCCUUAUCCUUUGGACGAUAGGUCACAUUAUGAGUUACUGCCAGAGGAUGCUGAGAUUAUGGGUAUUCCGGCUGAUCACGGGCCACUGGGAUUGCCCUUGCGCUGGUCUUACCAUCAGUCCAAGCAGCCAGUGAGGCCGAUCAGCUAUGGCAAAAUCACCCUGGUCGGGGUGCCUCAGGCUCAUCCCCAGACACAAGUGGCACAGGAGGACACUGUGAUGCGCGAAGCUCCGUCGAACACCCAGCCCGAGCCAUCAACAACUGCCAAUGAGAUCACCAAAUUGGGAGACUCUGCUCCUUGGCCGUCUACCAUUGCUCACAGCACCCCGAUACUUAGGGCAGAUAACCGCAGUGACCUCCGUCUGUCAAUGCCACCGCCACAUACUUCCAAUGUCCAAUCGGUGGUCAGUCCUGGAUCAAACUCAGCGGGGAGCUCUUCAUCUCCCCUCUUCAACGAUAGCGCUUCCUCACUUCCUUUCGUGACAACCCCUACGCCUGCACCUGUUGCAACUCCAGCCAAGAAGAAACUCAGUCUUGGUGAUUACUUGAUGCGACGUGGAACGAUGACCAACACUCCAACCUCGGAGAGGUCUCAAGCUGCAGCCCAGGAACGACCCGCGGAUCCCGUCUGGGUCACCGGGCCCCAGCACUUCCUUGCGAUCACCACACUUCCCGAUGAUUACGGACAGUCGCGCGCCCACACGGACGCAGACGCAGACAAGGGCGAGCCUUUCAGCUCUCGGGAUGUGCCGAUGGAGGAUGCGCCGGAACCCGCGCCCACCAACACCCAGUCCGUUUCUUCAUGA